AUGACCAUUUUACCGAAGAAGGCGCCUCCACCAUCAGCAGAUGGAGAAAGCAGUCCAGAUGGUGAAUCAGUGGGAUGUAAUGUUAAGCAGGUUGGUCCAGACCGAGAAGGACAUGGUGCUGGUCCUUCCGCAGGAGUGAGACCUCGAUCUUCACCACCACCCGCGCUGCCACGGUGGGCUCCCGGUGGGGGUGGCCGAGGCGGAGUAUCUGUGGGCUCGCUAUCGCAAGCCUCGCCACCUCCGGGACCACCCGGUGGAGCUGGUGCCAAUGUUAUUACAGGGGAUGGACUGGUCCUGGGCUCAGUGGGAGGCCCAGCCGGCUGCUGUUCGGGUCCAGGCCUUAGUAAAAGGCGACGUCAACAGACUAAUACCUGCAGUAAUUCGAGUCCACUGGGAAGCUCAGAGCGAGAUGAAGGCGGUGCAGGGUACAACAGCGAGGACGAGUACGACGCUGCAGCCUCACAUAUUGAGGCCGUGGACCCCGCUACUAUGGAACAGCAAGAACACUGGUUCCAGAAAGCCCUGAGAGAUAACAAAGGUUUUGUUAUCAAGCAGAUGAAGGAGGAUGGAGCUUGCUUAUUCAGAGCCUUUGCAGAUCAAGUAUAUGGUGAUCAGGAUAUGCAUGAAGUUGUCCGGAAACACUGCAUGGAUUAUUUGAUGAAGAAUGCAGACUAUUUCUCUAACUAUGUCACUGAAGAUUUUACCACCUAUAUUAAUCGGAAACGAAAGAAUAAUUGUCAUGGCAACCACAUUGAGAUGCAGGCCAUGGCUGAGAUGUACAACAGGCCUGUUGAAGUAUAUCAGUAUAGCACAGAACCUAUCAAUACUUUCCGUAGCAUCCAGCAAAAUGAGGAUGAGCCUAUCCGUGUCAGCUAUCACCGCAACAUCCACUACAACUCUGUGGUGAAUCCUAACAAGGCCACCAUUGGUGUGGGCCUGGGCCUUCCCUCCUUCAGACCAGGAUUCGCUGAGCAGUCACUGAUGAAGAAUGCUAUAAAAACAUCAGAGGAGUCAUGGAUUGAGCAGCAGAUGCUGGAAGAUAAGAAACGAGUCACAGACUGGGAAGCCACCAAUGAAGCUAUUGAAGAACAAGUGGCUCGGGAAUCCUACUUGGAGUGGCUUCAGGACCAAGAGAAGCAGACUCAGCAAAUCAAGGGUCAAACACAAGCCCAGAAAGCUAGUGCCACAUGUACCUUAGCCACAGCAGCUACAUCCAGCAACCUGGAUGAGUGGAGUAGCAGAUCUCCAAGACAGCGAAAUCCUGAACAGCCAGAGCUGGUCCACAAGCCUCCCUCAUCAAGCCAUGCCCUUACCUUCACCAAACCUCCUUCACCCAGUAUCCCAGGACCAAGUAGUCAGUCAGCAGGGAAUGACUGUGCUACCUCUCCCUAUGUAUCUCUGUACCCUGCUUUGGAGUGUCAGGCCCUUAUUCAGCAGAUGUCACCCACUGCAUUUGGUCUGAAUGACUGGGAUGACGACGGGAUCUUGGCUUCAGUCCUUGCCAUCUCCCAACAGGAAUACCUGGACAGUAUGAAGAAAAGCAUAGUACACAGAGACCCACCCUCAGACAAGAGCUAAUAACAAGGGACUGGAAAUCUCUUGCUUCCUUUACCUCCAUCCUAUCCGCUACUCCAACAUUUUCCCCUAUCUUUCACAACUUCUCUGUUCACUAAGAGACACAUACAUACCCACAGGCAAAACAGCCCAAUGCCCUAAAACAUGUUCAUUUACCUAUUUUCCUUUAUACAGUCUCCCAUUCCCCAAUCUGCUGAAAUCCAAUAGGUACUUAAGUAAGGAACAGACACACGAUGGAAAGGAAAGAGAAAAUGCCUUAUCAACAGUAUCCACAAUGCCUUCUGGAGUUUUAGAAGGCAUUAAACUCUAUCUUUGUUAAGGUGUCUCAGGGUGUGCCAGAAGAGACCCUUAAAUGCUUUGCCCUCCCCAAAACCAAAACUUUCUCACCCCUGCAGUCCCAAGGAUGUACAUACCAUCUGUGUUUGGGUGUUUCCUUCCUUCAUCCACCUGUAUUAAAACAUAAUUUUAUCUUCUUUUUUAAAAAAACAGACACACUACCCUAGCUGAGUAUACGGUUGCAGAAGGCUGGGAAAAGUGGCAGAGAAGAAAGAUUCUAGAUCUUUCAUUCCUUGUCUCACGUGCUUUUUACCCAUCUCUUCCUCUAUCAA